CGGCGGGGAGGACGGGGAGGCGCGGCCGCCUCUGCGGCGGAGCCGGUGACAGAUCCCUGCAGUUCACUCAGCCCCCCGUGCUUUACCGAGGAGGACCGAUUCAGCCUAGAAGCUCUCCGCAUGAUCCAUAAGCAAAUGGAUGAUGACAAAGAUGGUGGUAUUGAAGUAGAUGAAAGCGAUGAGUUUCUAAGAGAAGAUAUGCAAUACAAGGAUGCCUCAAAUAAACAUAGUCACCUGCACAGAGAAGACAAGCAUAUCACCAUUGAGGAUCUGUGGAAACGCUGGAAAACAUCUGAAGUUCAUAACUGGACUCAAGAGGACACUCUUCAGUGGCUCUCAGAUUUUGUUGAAUUGCCCCAAUAUGAAAAGAAUUUUAGAGACAGCAAUGUCAAUGGAACAACACUUCCCAGGAUAGCAGUAAAUGAACAUGCUUUCAUGAUCUCCCACUUGAAAAUAAUUGACCGGAGCCAUAGACAGAAGCUUCAGCUUAAAGCCUUGGACGUUGUUUUAUUUGGACCUCUCACCCGUCCCCCUCACAACUGGAUGAAGGAUUUUAUAUUAACAGUUUCUAUAGUUAUUGGUUUUGGAGGCUGCUGGUUUGCAUAUACACAGAACAGAACCUCAAGAGAACAUAUCACAAAAAUGAUGAAGGACUUAGAAAGUCUCCAAACAGCAGAGCAAAGUCUUCUUGACUUGCAGGAAAGGCUUGAGAAGGCACAAGAAGAAAAUAGAAACGUUGCUGUUGAAAAGCAAAAUCUGGAGCGCAAAAUGAUGGAUGAGAUCAAUGAUGCAAAACGUGAAGCUCAUCGCCUGAGGGAAUUAAGAGAGGGAGCGGAAUGUGAGCUCAGCAGGCUCAAAUAUGCAGAGGAAGAGUUAGUACAGGUUCGUAUGGCUUUGAAAAAGGCUGAGAAGGAGUUUGAGUUGAGAAGUAAUUGGUCUGUUCCUGAAGCUUUGCAGAAGUGGCUUCAGUUAACACAUGAAGUCGAAGUACAAUAUUACAAUAUCAAAAGACAGCAUGCAGAAAUGCAAUUAGCAAUUGCUAAAGAUGAGGCAGAAAAGAUAAAAAAGAAGAGAAGCACUGUAUUUGGAACAUUACAUGUUGCACACAGCUCCUCCCUGGAUGAAGUGGACCAUAAAAUUCUCGAAGCAAAGAAAGCUCUCUCUGAGUUGACGACGUGUUUGCGAGAGCGUCUUUAUCGAUGGCAACAGAUUGAGAAGAUUUGUGGGUUUCAAAUUGCACACAAUUCUGGGCUACCAAGUUUGACCUCCUCUCUCUACUCUGAUCACAGCUGGGUAGUUAUGCCUCGAGUUUCCAUUCCUCCCUACCCAAUUGCAGGGGGAGUCGAUGACUUAGAUGAAGACACUCCUCCAAUAGUUUCACAGUUUCAUGGGUCCAUUGUAAAACCUUCCAGCACACUGGCAAGAAGCAGUAGCUUGUGUAGAUCAAGACGCAGUGUUGUGCCAUCAUCUCCACAGUCUCAGCACGCUUUGCAGUCCCCUGACCCUGACAUCCUUUCUGUGUCGAGCUGCCCAGCUCUCUAUCGAACUGAAGAGGAGGAAGAAGCCAUUUACUUCUCUGCUGAUAAACAAUGGGAAGUACAGGAAACAGGUUCGGAAUGUGACUCCUUAAAUUCAUCCAUUGGAAGAAAACAGUCUCCUCCAGCAAGUCUUGAGAUGUACCAGACAAUUUCUCCUCAGAAAGUAUCACCAGAAGAAUUCUUACUUGAGGAAUCAUCUAUGGGAGACUCCUCUUCUCUAACUGCAGAUAUUUCUAGGGGUUCUCCUGACUGUGUAGGCAUGGCAGAAACUAAGAGCAUGAUCUUUAGUCCUGCAAGCAAAGUUUAUAAUGGAAUCCUGGAGAAGUCUUGCAGCAUGAACCAGCUUUCAACUGGGAUCCCAGUCCCAAAGCCUCGUCACACCUCAUGUUCUUCGACCGGCAGUGAUAGUAAACCCAGCCAUGAAGCUGCUUCUGUCCCUAGGAUAAGCAGCAUCCCACAGGACCUCUACCAGAAUGGUGAAAAAAAUAAAAAGCCAUCAAAAAUAAAAAACCUCUUUAAGAAGAAGUGUAAAUGAGGUGGGCAGAAGAACCUAUAGUAAUAUUAUAAGAACUCUUAUUUUUUAAAUCUUUAGGAAUGUAAUUCCAUUUGAGCAUUCCAGACUGGAUGCCCUAAUGGAAUACUCUGUAGGUCACCUAUAUUUAAUGACUGUAUUGUCAACGGUUGUGCCAGCUGUCAAUGAGAAAUCAUUAAAAAUUUCAGACAGUUUACAUUAAUUUCUGCCUAUUUAUUUCUUUAUUUUUUUAGUUUGUC